AUACAUAUACACAAUCUAAAUAAGAGCUAUACCAAGGAAUAUAUCUUAUAUCACAAUAAAAUGAUAUUUAUAAUUUCUAUAUUUAUUCUUAUAAUCAUAGUAGUUUUUGCCUCCUACAGUAAACGACGGAAUCUGGCUCCCCUGCAUGUUCCAAACUGGAGUAAAGAUACAGUCUAUCUGAUGCAGUAUCCAGUGUCUCCAAAUAUUAGGUCGAUAUCUCCGUUCUGUUUAAAACUAGAGACCUGGCUACGACUAACUGGUAUAUCCUAUGAGAACGUAUAUACAAGAAGAGUUUCCGGAACUAUUGGAACAGUUCCAUACAUUGAGCUGAACGGAGAACAGUUUGAGGAUUCAAACCUUAUCAUUGAAAAGCUUAAACUACACUUCGGAGUUGAUCCAGAGAAUGGACUCAGUGAUGAGGAGAAGGCGUCUAGUCAUGCUUUCCAAACUAUGCUGGAGGAACACACUACACAGAUCGGGUUCUGGUGGAGAUAUGGUUUAAAUAUGGAAAGAUUUGCUGAGGUUUGUUUAGAGAACUGGCCUAGGAUAUGGGCUAUGAGAUGGUUUAUGCCAGCAGGUAUGAGAAGGAAGGGUAAGCUCUGCUGCUGGGGAAGAUGGGAUGAAGAAACUGCUCUUAACUUCUCAUUUAAAGAUAUCAAAGCUAUCUCAGGAUAUUUAGGGAACAAAAAGUUUCUGCACGGGGAUACGCCAACAACCAUUGAUUGUGUUAUUUUUGGUCAUCUAGCACAGUUCCUGUAUAUACCUAUGGAGUUCCCACAGGCUGGUUAUAUGUACAUGAAGUGUGAGGGUGUUGUAAAUCUGGUGGAGAAUGUGCGAACUAUGUACUGGACUGAUUGGGAGGAAAUGUGUGCACAGGGUUGCAUGGAGGGAAAGAUGAGCAAAUAAAGAUUUUUACUUUAGAUUGAUGAAAACAUAAAACAUUUAAACUUUUGCUAAAUGUACAUAUCUUCAAUACUUAAGACUUUUUAUUACAAUUUAUAUUUUAUGUCUCUAAAAUGCAUUUGUAGUUUAGAAAUUUGUUCUUUUAGACUCCCAUAUUUUGAGACUAACUGUGUUGAUUACUUUAUUUGCAAGUUGUAAACCUUAUCUAAAGAAUAUUCAUAGUUCACACCGAUCAUGAAGAUACAUAUAUAAGGAUUAGCAUGGUAUCAAUCACUUUCUGACAUAUUAUCAAGAUAAUAAUUACUGAAUUAGUUUGUUUCCCUUAUUUCUAUCUGAUGCUUUAAGAGAAAUUAAGAUCCGUUGUCCUUCUAAUUUUGUGUUUCACAAAUAAAUAAAUCCCUUCUUUGUUCUUCCAUUUUUCAAUAUUUCUACUUUUGUUUUACUUCUGAUUGAAGAUCGGCGCAGAAUUCUCAUUAAACUUUAAUAUAAUCUCAGAAAACAUUGAUAGAAUCUAAUUCAAGUUUUAGAAAUGAAGAACAAAAUGAUAGGAAGUUAUUUUAUGUUUUUUUUCUUGGGUGCAUAACAAACUUUAUAAGAUACUAGCCCGGGAACCCAGCGUUGCCCAGGUUACUCAUAGUUACUCCCACAUUUUAUCCGCACGUGGUCAUAAAUCCCGAUUUUAACUAUAUUUCCCUAUUUAAGUCGAAUCUAAAAACCAUGAGCUAAAAACAUUUCCGUGUUUCUCCCGAGUUUCCCGGUCAAAUUUUGAGGAAAAUCGGUGCAGGGGUUUAUGAGUUAUGAUCACCGAUCGGACAUCCAAACAAACAGAUAUUACACUGCAUACAUAUAGAUAACUUUUUCCAAGAAUUAUCUGUCAUUUAGAUACGAAAAGAACACUAAGAUUUUGAACUGAUGUAGAAAUCCAAAAUCCAAUGCUUGUGGUGUAGGGUUCAUGAUAGAAUUAGGAAAGGCACUAAGUUGGAAUUUAUUGAGGUAUAAAUUUCUUAAGAAUAUUUAAUGCAAUAAAUCCAUUUGUUUUAACAGAUGUUUCAUCAAAAUGUGGAGCUUUCUUAAUCU